AUGGCCGGCUUCACCCAUCGCAGUCGGAGGGGAAGCGGCGACUCGAACUACAGUCAUCGAGACGACGAUUUGGAAUUAGAAGCAGGUAAUAGGGAGACACUUCGACGUGAUGCCGAGCGACAAGCCGCUCUACAACUGGAACGAGCAAAGUACAAGCCGGUAGCAUUUGCCGUGUGUACGAACGUCGAAUAUGACGGAUCCCUCGACGACGAUUCACCUGUGCACGGUUGUGCAGUCUCGUUUAAAGUCAAGGAUUUUUUACAUAUUAAAGAGAAAUACAAUAAUGAUUGGUGGAUAGGGCGGUUAGUGAAGGAGGGACAUGAUCUCGGCUUUAUUCCAUCGCCGGUCAAGUUGGAAUCGUUGCGGCAGCAAACCGCUAAAGCCGGAAAAUUUUCUAGCAAACAAUCAACUUCAACAACGAAUCUCGGAGCUCUGGAUAACAUGAUGCCUCGAAGCGAAUCAAGAGGGUCAACCCCACCUACGCCAGCAGAUGAUGACGAGUAUAGCGCGAAGAAAAUGACAAAUAUAGUCACGACUCCGCCCACUAAAGAGAAAAAGAAGUUGAUAUUUAAGAAGCAAGAAAAUCUCCCUCCAUACGAUGUGGUCCCAUCGAUGCGACCGGUCGUCUUAGUAGGUCCCAGUUUAAAAGGCUACGAAGUUACGGAUAUGAUGCAAAAGGCAGUUUUCGACUACCUAAAGCAUCGAUUCGAGGGAAGGAUCAUCAUCACAAGAGUAACUGCCGAUAUAUCAUUAGCCAAACGGUCAUUGCUCAAUAAUCCCAAUAAAAGGGCCUUAAUGGAACGAGCUAAUUCACGAACGAGCAAUAGCUUAGCUGAAAUUCAAACGGAAAUCGAACGUAUUUUCGAGUUGGCUCGUUCAAUGCAGCUUGUUAUCCUCGAUUGCGACACCAUCAAUCAUCCUAGCCAAUUGGCGAAAACCAGCUUAGCGCCGAUACAUGUAUAUAUAAAAAUUAGCUCACCAAAGGUGCUACAGCGUCUAAUCAAGUCCAGGAACAAAUCACAGUCCCGUAAUAUGAACGUACAAAUGGUUGCCGCCGAAAAGCUCGCUCAAUGUCCACCGGAAUUGUUCGAUGUGUUGCUUGAUGAAAAUCAGUUGGAGGAUGCAUGCGAACAUUUGGCUGAUUUUCUUGAAGCAUAUUGGCGAGCCACACAUCCACCAGUACGAAGUCCGCCGAGAAUAAAACGAAAUCCGAUGGAAAAUCGUGGUCCCACUCAAAUUUUCACCGCUGCACAAAUGAUGCAGGGAACGGGAAUGGGUGGUGGACCAAUGAUGAGCGGUGGUGGGCCAAUGGGACUGCAAAAACAAUCGUCAACCGCACAACUCGGGCCUCCUAUGAUUGGUGGACCCGUUCCGCAUGCUCCUUAUCUGACCCCACCCACUCAACAGAUGCCCGGCCGGCAACAACCGGUUCCUACAAUAAAUUUGCAGACCGGUGUCGGCAUGUACCAACCUCCUCCUCCGCCGCCCGGGAGCAGUUCACCGAUGAUGCAACCGGUGGGCAUGAUGGCUCAACGAGGCGUCCCCGCACCGAUGAUUAGUCAACGGGGGCCUGUUGGGCCGAUGGGCGGCCCAUCAACUCGGCUGGGUCCGCCCAUGGAUAGACACGGGUUCGACGAGUAUGAUGACGUCGACAUGGGACACGGUUACGAUCGUGGUCACUAUAGGUAUUAG